AGAAGAGUGUAUUUUCUAACCACUCCCAACCUUUACCACCAUGAGCAGCCUCUACAAGUCCUACCUCAGCACCGUGCCGAAGUACCGCUCCAGCCUCGUCAACUACUUGGACCUACCCACCGAAUACUACACUUCUGUAUCUCCAUACAUUUACGACGAUGUCAGCAGCCCUACACUGAGUCGAUGCUCGUCGCUCGGCUGUCCACUGUACUCGCCACUGUCCGAUAGAUGGCGCUCUCUUAGCUCGUCUAGUCUCGCACUGUCCAGGGCGCUGACCGAUUCAGAUAUCGAUUACAAUCGAUACAAACGGCUCCGCAGCCGCCUGUACAGCAGCAGCUGGGACCUGCUGCACUCCCACCUCGACGCUUUCCCGCGCGGGUACCUGGCGUCACUGCGGGACUAUUACUACCCCGACCCUGUGGACUAUAAGGUGUACGACAGCUACCGUCGCUCCCGUAUACUAGAAGAAAAGCACUUAGCUCGUAUGCGCAGGAAGUACGAGGAGAUUCGCGUAUACGAUCGUGAUGAUCCCGCACUACCGGCCUUGAAGGAGGCCAUCGCUAAACUGGACUAUAGGGUGGGUUUGAUACAAGGCAUAUUCUAA